AUGGAUAAUUUCGAUUUCUUACCAGAUACUAUUAAGGGAAACCUCAGAACUGCUAUUUAUGGUUUGAUCCUCUUCCAUAUAUUUAUUUUUACAGUUUGGAUUCUUUUGACUAUCCCCUCACUAUUUAAGCCAUCUACUAGCUUCAGUAGCCAAAUUGACGAUAUGAUUAAAAAAAAUAAAACUAAACAUGAAUGA